GUAGAGGAAGCUAUGCCCUCUUUAAACUUUAGGGAUAAAUUAUUGGAAUCUCUUAAUCCGCCAGCUGAACAUCAAACAUGGUGUAAAGGUGCUUAUUAUAAUCAUUAUUUUCGGCAGUUGGAGCAAGCGGAAGAAAUGCAAGCAGAGGAAAUGUUAAGGUGUGAUCUCACACCUCGCAUUCGGAAAAAUAAGCGCACCUCUAGCAUGUUGAAGAGUAAAAAACAGGUCAAUAGUCAAAGCAAUAAAAAUCUGAAUUUGAAUACAAGCAAGUCGGUGGAGUCUGAUGCCAGGGGCCAAGAUAUUGAGCAAAAAGCAGGUCACCAAACUCUUCUUGCACAUAAGAAACCUACACGCAAUCAAUGCUUUGGUGGAAAAAGUCAUGCAGACUGCACUGAUCAGAAAGAGAAAAGCACCUAUACACUCUCAACAAAAGCGUGCCAGCUCCAUCCUCAGCCAACGGUGUGUGAUCUUUUGCAGCAUUCAUACAAUAAGCUGAAGCACGAUAACGCGUCAGCGUUUGUUUUCCCUCCUCUUCUUACACCCUUUAAGCGUUCUUUCUUUCAUUAUUUUGACGAAAAAACACGACCCAUAACACAUACUUCGUACCAAGCCAAUCCAAUGUAUAGGAAUUUUUCGGAAGCCCGUCCCAUCCGUGACACAUUACAGCAAAGAAAUAAUGUUUUCUCUUGCGCUGAACGGAAAAUAAUUGAUGAGCCUUUUCAGGGGCAAGUAAACGGGCCCCCUGCUUUUAUUUCCUCCUGGGCUACUCGGAUGGAUCACUCCUUUUAGUACUACAUCUAUCCUGCACUAUUAGAUUCAUAAUAGAUGUACAUGUAAAUAUUGUAAUAUUUUAUGGAUUAUAUCUGCGGGCCCUAAAUUCAAAGUCGUUUAUUUGUACUCUCUACCUUUCGCUAAUGUAAUCUUCAUCGGCUGUCGGUUCGCGUUUUUUGACAUGAAAAUUAACCACACCGCUUUG